UAGGGUGUGCCUUUGAGGACGCUGGGAUUGUCAGGACUGUGGGAGCCGCGCGGGCCUGGUCCCCCGGGGCGCGUUGGGGUCGGUUGGAGUCCGGGCAUGGCCCGGAGCCGGCUGGCUCUGUUGCUGCCACCUCUAGUGCUCCUGGGUCUGGUGUCCCCUACUCAGAUCAACCCAGACUACCAGUAUUUUGGCCAGCAGGGCAAAGGUGACACCUGGGAGCUGCUGAGGCUGCAGCGGAAAAAGGUAGUGGAAGAAUCAGUCCUAGGCCCGUGGGGAAAGUGGCGUUGUUUCUGCGAUCUGGGCAAACAGGAACGCAGCCGUCAGGUGCUGGGUACAGCACCAGUCCCCGUGUUCAUGGACCAAGAGAACCUGGUACAGCUGAGGCCCUGCCGGCCACAGGAUUGCUCAUCUUGCAAACCAAUGGACUGUGACUGGAGGGUCUGAGCAGAGUCACUGAGGGACUGGCUCCAGCAGCAACGGGGCGGAGCUUGCAAAGCGACCCCGCCCACCCUCGACUACAAAGUACACCUUUAGUGGUAGCUCUCGACGACUACAAUUCCC